AUGCUGAUUUAUCUUGGUGUUGGUCUUGCCGUCACAACAAUGUGCAUCGAUCUGGUCGGGAUACAGUACAUUCAAAAAAUCCACUAUUUUGGCCGAAAAUUCCGCGGCACAGACAUAUUCCAAUUGCUCAGGAGGAAGCGCAUGAUAGAACGGCGUUUGGCUAUGGGUCAGGGUGAUGAGUUGCUUCAACUAUACCUCCGCCAACUUCAGCAAGCAAGUGCACCAGAUUUGGCGGAAGUAGGAAAGAAUCAAUUCAUAUUCGGAGCCACUGAAGGACGAAGUUUUCAAAAUACAUGUAAAAAUACGUAA